AUGUCUCCCCUGUCGCUGACCUCAGCCUCGGUGUCUAGGCAGAGCCAGAACAGUGACGAAGAUGGCAGCGAUCAUCAGAUUCCGGGCCUGCCCGGGGUUGCCCUACCUUCUACCGCUGUGGCGCCUGAAGUUCCAGAGGCCAAGGCAGGGGUCAUCCGUAUCUACGGAAGAAUCUCCAAGGACCUCAUCCAAUUCAUCACCACUCGUAUUCACGAGGGUCCGCUGCAGGACGUUCGCCUGGAGACCAACGGAAGAACACGGGUGACCUUCCAGCACGCAUCUCACGCGCUUGCCUUUUUGAAGUCCAACCAGGAAAUGGAGCAGAUGCUCGGCUUUGGACGUUUUGGAUGCGGCUAUCACGUUGAGCUGGCCGAGAUCCUUGAUUGGAACGAGGACCUCUGCCGCAUGAAUCAACCAAUUCGCGAGCGCCGCCGCCUGUCUUUUGCAAGAAAGAGACUCUUUGCCGAGAAUAUGUCCCCCGAGAAGUGGAAGCAGGACGUACGCACCUUAGCCGGACCCGGCAACAUUGACUUUCUUUGGGUCUUCAAUUCUGGAAACGCAACCGCCAUCUUUACGAGCACCGUGGUUGCUCGAAAGGUACUGGAGGUGUUCAACAGAUGGAAAGACGGCCGCAACGUCUAUAGUGGGGUUUCGGUGACUUUCUCCUCGGACCCCUGCGAGAAGGAGUUGGUUCUCGUCAAGGAGACCUCUCGCUCCGGCCUGGCUAAGAGCUAUAUGAAGAGAUCCAUGCGGUGAUUUCUCUUCAGCGUAGCCGCAGAUGGCCGAGUUUGAUUUUUGGACCUUGGAGGCCAUCCUGAUCAUCUCUGCUCACGCACACAUUGUUGAUUUGUCACCGGAGAGAUUGCGAGAAUGCGCAGGGCAAGAUCAAGGCAAGAAUGUAAGCGAGUUGGACGACAUUGAAUGGGGUUGUAUUUUCAUUAUUCUCAUGUAUGCAAAUGUGCGGAUUGAUUAGUCCAGCUGUUUAGGAAAGAUGAAUAUGAUUUUUGCCUAAUCCCCGG